GGUCAAUCCUUUAUUUCUUUACUAUGAAAAAGACGGGUCUCUUCCUUUCCUUCCUGGUGGCUCAAUUGAGUUGUGCCUUGGGUGCUGUCACUUUACCCUUUAAUGCUGUUCAAGAUAUACAACAAGCCAUUGACCAUGCCGUCUUAGAAGAUGCUGCCAUGCCUCAUAUUGAUAGACAAGUGAUUAGCAUCAAUCCUUCUGUUUCAGCUUCUGUCUGUCUUCCUACCACUGUCACUGUAUCUCAAACUGGUAUUUUUGGUUUCUUCACUGUUACUUCUACAAGAACUGUAUCUGUCGCUAGUAUCACUGUCACUCCACCUGUUGUCAGUGUCAUUGCUCCACCUGUCACUGUCAGUGUGACUCCUGCACCUGUCCUUGUCAGCGUCACUGCUCCACCUGUCACUGUGACAGCACCUAACCCAAACACUAUCACUGCCACUGUCACUAAUCUCCAAACAACCACGAUUCGAUUACAGCCUAUCACGAUCACAACUUCAUUGACCACAACCACGGUGGGUACUGUCACUGUCACAGCAGGUUUGUUGGAUGGUAUCUUGGGUGGUCUUGCUUCACCUACAUUGGCUGCACCUAUCACUGUAAGUGUGCCUGUACCUACCACGGUUGUUGUUCCUACCAUCUUGACCUUAAGCGUACCUGUACCUACUACUAUUGCUGCACCCGCUGUUACUGUCAGCGUACCUGUGUUUACCACCAUCUCUGCUGAUCCUAUCACAAUCAAUGUGCCUGUACCCACUACUAUUGUUGCUUCUCCCGUCACUGUAACGGUGCCUAUUCCAGCUACUGUGGUUGUUCCUUCACCCGUGACCGUCACUGCCCCUGCUGUCACCUUGCCUGCUAUCACUUUGCCAUCCAUCUGUCCUUCUGUCCUUCCUCCUUUCACACUGCCUGCUAUCACUGUGACUGCACCUGCUCUUCCUCCUAUCACUGUAACUGCACCUGCUCUUCCUCCUGUCACUGUGGCCGGUCCCCCUAUCACUGUCAACUUACCUGCCACUUGUCCUCAACUUACCUGUCCUACCUUCAGUGCACCUGUGAUUACUGUCUGUCCUAGCAGUUUAACCAACUUGGUUCCUUCUGUGACCAACAUUAUCUCUGAUAUUUCCAACAUUAUUCCCUCUAUCACUUUACCUGAUGUUGUACCUACCCUGACCAAUGCCAUUGAUAACUUGUCCAACAUCAUUCCUAGUCUUUCUCAAUUGAUGCCUACAGUAACUGUAACAGCAUCUGCUGAUGUUGGUGUUGAUGGUGUGCCUCAAAUCAACCCUGCUGGAUUAUUGGCUAUUAUUUUCAAUGUGAUUCAAGGUAUUCAGAACACAGUGGGUGGUACUAACCCUGUUCUUGCUGGUGUCUUGAAUAUCAUUCAACAAGUAGAGCAACAGAACAAUGAAAACAAUCAACGUAUUGUCUUGUUUGUUCUCUUGCAAGCACUUAUCAAGAACAUCGCUGGUAUUCCUUAAAAUAAAAUACACUUUAUGUUACUUAAAUUCGCUUAUGCCAUGUUUGCCUUUUUUGGUAUUCAGAAGAUUACACAAUCAAGAAUAAAACCUAAAUAGAGAUUGAGUCUUUCACAUAUAGAUAG